AUGAGCUUCGGCAUGGUGGUGAUCUCGGCUGGUUUAUUGGGUCUGCUCAGUUUCACUCUGCUUGCACUUGCUGUUGGGACUGAAUACUGGUACAUCAUAGACGCGGAUCAAGUGAUCAACUCCAGCUGGCACUUUACGAGCUCACACUCAGGCUUGUGGAGGAUCUAUGAAGGAAAAAAUGGCAGUUUUCAUGACAUCUCCUUCUACACAGAUACUUCAGAGUUCAGUGAGCAGGAAAAGCACCUCUUAAACCUGCACAGGAUUAUUGUCAUCUUGCUGCCUCUCAGCCUGGUGCUGCUGAUUUUCGGGGGCAUCUUUGGGCUGGUGGGCUCUCUUGCCCGCAGUUAUACAAUCCUUACUGGUGUGGCUGUGUACUUCCUCAUCUGCAGCCUCUUUACACUCUCCGGUGUGUGUAUCUAUGUUAGCUACUCUCAGCAGGCCUUGGACGAGCUGCGGCGGCUGCUAAGUGCCGAGCUGCUCGCCCACAUACACAUGUCCUUCGGCUGGUCCCUGGCCUCAGCUUGUCUCUCUUAUACGCUGGAGGUGGCCUGUGGCAUCCUGCUCAUACUCGCAGCGCGUCUUGCUUAUUAUCAGCUAAACCAUGAGUCUACCGCUGCUUUCUCCAUGUCCUAA